CCUUUUUCUACAAACAAAUGUCUUGCGUAGUAACACAGCCCACAAUCCACUUUCACCAUGCAGAUGUCCACUAAUCCCUUGAUCUCGUGCGUUGCGCGUGACGAGAAGAGUUCAGGCGUGGCAGCAUCAAACACCAGUUCAGUGGACGAGAGCCUCCUCCCUCCCAUUUCCUUUCUCCAUUUUCUGCGACCAAAAACAGGGCAGCACCAAGAGGUAGCUAGUUAUGGCACGUGCCGUUUCCCAUCCCUUUGGUCUCCUCCUCGACUUCGCACCCUGCGUCCACUCGUCACCCUCAUGCUCCUGGUAUCCUCACCGGUCGGUGAGCAGACCUCAGCGCAGCCCCCCGAAUCUACGCUGCUCUGUGAAAUCUAACAGCGUCGAGCCUCCCGUUAGCCCCCCAUCAACGGAUGCUUCAACUGUCAAGCCAGAACCAGUUAAGGAUGACAUUGAAACCUCCAGUGUUUCACAAAAUGUUGAAUUUGAAGAAUUUCCAAAUAAAUCUAUUAACAGACGGAUUGCUUUGGCUUCAACUGUCUCUGCUGUCGGGCUUUUCCUAUCAUCCCGACUUGAUUUUGGUGUCUCUUUGAAGGAUCUAUCUGCUUCUGCCAUACCAUAUGAAGAGGCUCUUUCAAAUGGGUUGCCUACUGUUGUUGAAUUUUAUGCAGAUUGGUGCGAAGUUUGUCGGGAACUUGCACCUGACGUGUACAAAGUUGAGCAGCAAUACAGGUAA